AUGUUUUCUUCAACGGGGCUGUCAGCAUUAUCGAAGUCUGAGAAUCAAUGGCCUCAACCAGAGCUCUCCCUAGGUGCACCAUAUGGCUCACUGGAUAUAUUGGCGAGAUAUAAGUUCUGGGAGGUCAAAAACAAUAGCCCAGCGCACCAAGCAUGGAGAGCGGUUUCGGAACAGAUCAUCAACUUGAUUGAAGAUCAAUUUGAGGCUCUGGAUGUACAAGAGACGGAUCUAAUGUUCUUUUCCGAAGCCAAAGUAAAGUUGCACGCCAAAGAGCCAUAA